UGAAUAGAAAAGGUUUGAAGAAAGGAGCUUGCAUUACUGUUCGCACACAUGGUACCCUGACAAGGUUACUGCAAAUCCAUGGUCAGGUGGUGCAUGGCGCAGCUGACAAGCUGCGUACGCUGUUGUCUAUUUCCGUUACUGGUAUCACACAUCUUGUUUUCCUCAUUCGCUAUAGUGUGUUAAUUCUUUUGUUGCAUUGAUUUUUUUUAUUGAGAUAUAACAAUGAUAGAUUUUUAGGACUUGAUCAACGCCUUUGUAGAAAUAUUCUGAAGCGCAUAUAGAUUUCACAUUACAUGUAAUGACUUAAAGCAACUAUAACCUGAAUGCAUCUAUUCCAGUAAUUUUACGCGUGUUCAUUUAAGUUAUAAAGCAUCAAAGUAACUCCUGCUGAAAAUCAUCCGUUUUUAUAGGCCUAUAGAUCUCCAGUUUGUGGCACUGCAGUAAGUUAUGAUAAAUCCUGUGUCUUCCCUGUUUUCAGAUAUAUGUCUUUAAAUAUUAUGAACAGCGUGUUUUUGUUUACGCAAGUACAGAUCCCUUAUCUUUGUGCUGCUACGUUAUUUUUGCAAAAUGUUUACAUUCGUCUCUGCGUUUUUUCCAACAUGUAAUUGAGUGAUAAGUUAAAUUGCUUCCAGUCUCUUUAUAAAAUGAGAUAUAAUGUAAUGGCCUUCCAGAAAUGGGGGAAAUGUUUCUUAUAUCUAAAAAGGAACUGGAAAAGGAAAGAGUGGUAACAUCCAGUGGUGCAUUAGGAUGUUGACAAUACAUAGUUCAGUCACAAUGGGCUUAACGAAAGUGUGUACUAGAUGUUUGUAAGCACAGCUGCCUGUCUCCAUGAAGAUAAUACUGUUCUUGUGCAAAGACAGCUACUUGCAAUCUCCUCCUAAUUAUAGAUCUUAAUUUAAUCAAUCCUUUACUGCUCCCACCCCCCAUUCAUAAAAAUGAAAUAGAUCUGGCCGUAAGGCAAAUAGGUAUAGUGCUGUGACAGCUGUGAUUAUAUUAGGGUUCAUUGCAUCUUCCUACACUGUCUAAACGCUGCCUAAGUCACACAUCAUGCGGUAGAGAAACAUAUUUUUACAGCUAAUGACUAUUUUAAAGCAUCAGUGUUACUUCAGCAUGUUUUUAAAGGGUCCAGUAUUGAGCUGAGACGUCUUGUUAAUGUCUUGAUUAUGUCUGCCUUGAUUAUCUCAUUAGGAGAGAUCCAUAACAGUUUUUCUUUUUUUAUUGUACUACAGAGUCAAUAUCCAUUAUUACUCUCCAAAUGUUGUUUAAAUGUGAGUUGUUUUCCAAUGGAUCUUUUAAGAAGACAAACAUACACAGACAUCACAAAUAAACAUUCUGCAUGGAAGUUCCAUAUUACCCAUAUUUAAAACCAUAAAAGGAGAGUUCCAGAAGUGUAUGUUUGUUCAGUUUAUUAAAGUUUAUAGAUCAACAGAGAACAGUGGCCCUUUGACAUGAAUGGACAUUGGAUAACCUUUCCUCUGUUGUUUUGUACUGUUUUCAAGGUCUUGGUAGCGGCUAGUCCAGAGGAGAACCAAACGGAACCGGCAGAUAAUAUGUUCCAUGACCCAGGAGUCACCAGGAACAAGAUUGUCACGGCUCAGUUUGAGUGCUAUCAGAAAAUCAUGAAGGAUACUGAUCACAACAGAAAAGAUCCUGCCUGCAGCCGGACGUGGGAUGGCUGGCUGUGCUGGGAAGACACGCGGGCCGGAAUCACUGCCGAGCAGCACUGCCCCGACUACUUCCACGACUUUGAUCCCUCAGAAAAAGCAACAAAGAUUUGCAAUGUCAAUGGACACUGGUUUUUGCAUCCUGAGAGUAACAGGACAUGGACCAACUACACUCGCUGUAUUGAGCAUACAGAUGAAAGAAGAAUGACGGCAAUGAAUUUGUUAUACUUAGCUCUAAUCGGUCAUGGGUUAUCACUGACGUCCCUCUUCAUUUCGCUGGCCAUAUUUUUUCAUUUCAAGAGCUUAAGUUGCCAAAGGAUAACGCUGCACAAAAACCUUUUUUUCUCCUUUGUUUUGAACUCUGUUAUUACAAUAAUUUCAUUGACAGUCGUGGCCAACAAUCAGGAGCUGGUACAGCAGAACCCUACUAGCUGCAAAGUGUCACAGUUCAUCCAUCUAUAUCUUUUUGGCUGCAACUACUUCUGGAUGCUCUGUGAGGGAAUUUACCUGCACACUCUCAUCGUGGUUGCGGUUUUUGCUGAGAAACAGCACUUAAUGUGGUACUAUCUUCUUGGGUGGGGAUUUCCACUGAUUCCAGCCACCAUACAUGCGGUAGCCCGAAGUUAUUACUACAAUGACAAUUGUUGGAUCAGUUCUAAUACUUCUUUGCUGUAUAUCAUCCAUGGCCCCAUCUGUGCUGCUCUAGUGGUCAACCUGUUUUUCCUGCUGAAUAUUGUGCGUGUCUUGAUCACCAAGCUGAAGGUGACACACCAAGCGGAGUCCAGCUUAUACAUGAAAGCAGUCCGAGCCACUCUGAUUCUGGUCCCCCUUCUGGGAAUCCAGUAUAUCCUACUGCCUUACAAACCAGAUGGUCGGGUUGCAUCAGAAGUCUAUGAAUAUGUUAUGCAUAUCCUAAUGCACUAUCAGGGGUUGCUGGUGGCCACAAUUUUCUGCUUUUUCAAUGGAGAGGUGCAGGGCGUUUUGAGAAGAUACUGGAUUCAGUAUCGCAUACAGUUUGGCAGUGGCUUUACGCACUCGGACACGCUGAGGUCAGCGUCUUACACUGCCUCGUCCAUCACAGAAGUCCAGGGUUGUUACAGCAUUGAUGGCCACACAGAACACUUCAAUGGCAAAGGCUGUAAUGAUAGUGAGACCAUCUUAAAAUCAGACAAUCUGCUCACCUGAAUCUAUUCUGUAUCAUCAAGUCACUACUGGAGCGUCGACUGAUAAAAUGUGUAUUUCUAAGCCAUUGCUCACAUGGUCAAUCUCCCUCCUCAAUUACUGUAAGAGUUCUUUUGAGUGCCAAAAUACACCAAAGCUAUUAUUUUAGUGUAAUUACCCAACUUCCUGUGCUACUCAUUAUGAAGAAAAACUGGCACCUAAUUUUAAAUGGGACAGUCAUUUGUAUUGCAUUUAUUGAUGAUGUAUUGGAAUCUGCAUCUACCAGGUUUAAUUAUCCUUCUUAUCAGUCUUAACCCUCUGGGGUCUACGGGUAGGGGACACACUUUCACUAACUGGGGCAUGGUCACACAUUUCAUUCAAUAUCAUAAACUUAAUGUACUGAAUUAAAUUCUGACUAAACAUUCUAUCAGUAAAAGGCGUCCAUUAGUGGCUUACAUCAUAUUUGAUUGAACUGCCAAAAAUUCUGCCAGCACAGAAAGCUUUGCAUCAGUACAUUGGAUUCUCAGUUAUUUCCUUAUGUAGCUCAACGGCAACAACAAACAAAAUAACUAUGGACACAGAGUAACUGUGAACUGAGAAGGGUAGGAAGCAGAAGAGAGAAAUGUUAACUGUUAGAGCAUUUUAAAACUGCUGAAAAUCAUUGUUACCUGUCAAGGUACCUCUGUAUUUUAUAUGAAAGAUUGCUACCUUAGUAUACAUUACUGUCACAUUUCAUUUUGAAACCAUUGUAGAAAGUAUAUAAUUUCUGUGUUUAAUUUCAGGUAAAAUUUGGCACCAUAUUUUAGUCUUUAUGUCUGCCUGUAUGUAGUUUGUUUGACCUGUUAUGUAGAUUGUCUAAAAUAGUCACAUUGAGAUGUUUCAAAAGCUUCAUGGUGAUUUUGUGUGUGGUGCUUAUGUGCCAUACUGUGAUAUGGUAUUUUAAAAUUAUUUGUGAGAGUACAGAUGCUCUUCAGCUUACAAUGGGGUUAUGUUCCGAUGAACCCAUCGUAAGAUGAAAAUAUUGUAAGCUGAAUAUGAAUAUGAUAUGAUUGAUAGGUAAGUAACUGUAUGAUACGUUGUUAAAGUAUGAGAUGGAUGUAUAUACGCUCACAAUGGUUACAGAGACUGGAAGCGUGGCUGCAAACAAUUUGCCAUUGCUCGGCAUGAGUUUGGAAAAGAUCAAAACUCAGUUUGGUCUGAUGACUACUGAGUGUGGAUCACUAUCACACCAUCGUAAAGUCGAAAUAUCAUAAGUCGAACCAUCGUAAAGCGAGAAGCAUCUGUAAUGUACUCUUUUCAAAAAAAAAAUAUUCUCUGGGGCUAUAGAUCUACUGCAGGCAUAAGCAUUGAAACAAUAUGCAUGCAAACCCUGUGUGAGAGGUAUUGUAUCUCUAAAUCUUAGGAAAUGUUGAUCUAAUGUCUGUCUAUCUAACUUGGAGAAGGGCAAGCAACAUUUCCGUGUUCUGAUUAAACAUUUCUUAAUGGGUUAAACAUCAGUAUAAAUUAUAGUGCAAAAUUGCUGUACACAUUUACAGUAUUUUGGUAUUGAUUUCUUAUUUCCCCCAUUGUCAUGCAUCAAUGAAUUCAGGUAAAAAAGAUUAUGAUAAUGCUUUGUUAAUGUCAUAUGCACAUCAGAUUAUCAGUAGAAACUACCAUACAAACUAAUUCUAGCCCUGGUUUUAUCGUUCAGCCUUUGCCAAAGUAUUUGGCACACAAAUAGUUUGGCAUGCUAAUCAGAUGUGUGUUGAUUUAACAGAAAAAUGGUGCAUGACUGAAUAUUUUGUUUAUGGCUGCAAAUGGUUGUAAAUAAGAAAUGAAGAAGUGACCCUUCUUACAUUCCCUCAGGGGUUAGGCGUUUUUCCUGACCGUAAACUAGUUUGUUUGUUUUUUUGACAUAUAUUUAUCUACUUUAGGCAUCAUAGAAUAUGUUUGUGGGCACUCAAAUCAUUACAUGCGUAAAAGCUGAGGAUAAAAUUUACAAGCUAUUGUAAACGGUUUUUUAAAUUCAGGAUUUAGUUUGAAGGUUAUGUCUGUCAUAUGUUCAUAUAUUUAUAUUUGAUGCUGUGUGGAUAACAGAUAUAGGUAUAUUUAAUCAGCAGUAUUUUUAUGAAUUGUAUUAGAUGAAAGUGCUUAGGAAAUAAGCAACAUUUGUAUUUUCACUGUAAUAACAAAGACCUGUCAUCAGAGGUGACGAGAAGUUUUUUUUUUUUUUAAAUGUCUGUUACUUGUACUGUAUUGUUCUCAAUUGAAAAGGGACUCCUGAGGACUAUUUGCUGUAUGAUUUUUUUACUACUUUGCGUGUUCUCAUACUCAUGACAAUCUUCUAUCACAAUGAUGAAGUUGUUGCAAUGAUGUAUUGUAUAUUAUCACGCAAUUAAAAAGAACUAUCCCCUAA